AUGCCAUCACCAGCAGCAGGCAGAUCGGGCAAUCCCGAGACUCCCACAAAGACUGGCAAGAGUCCUCAAUCAUCAUCUACUUCCAAGCUUACAGGUCAAGAAUCCCGAAAGCCAAACACACCAGCAAGCGGUCGGAAACCGCCCAAGUUAGGCGCUUCGAAGGCUACCCCCAAGAAGCCUACAGACACGCCGAAACCAUCCGAGGAGCCCGAGGAUGUCAAGGGAAAGGCCGAAGAGGUAGAAGAAGACACUCCUCCACAGAUCAGCAUGAAAGACACCGAAGAGCCUGGCGGAAAGGUAAGUCAGCCAGGCCACGACACCGGGGCCGAGAGCACUUCGGUUGCCGACACCAGCGAACUCUCCGAAGCAAACCCUGAACCGGUACCUGAUAGCGACGAGGAGGAGACGGAGGAGGCCGAAGGCGGCAAGGACGGUGCCAAAGACGAAGGUACCGACGAAGGCGAGGAGACGGAAGAGCCAGUCCAGGAAACCGAGGAUGACGCCGCCGAGGAAGCCGAGGACGAGGCCGAAGGGAAAGGAUCUGGCGCCUUGGGCGGUGUCAAAUCUGCCGUUGGAGCAGCCAAUGGCGCUGGGAAGAAGGUUGCUGGGCGAGUGGGCGGUGCCAAGGACACGGCGACUGGUGCUGCGCAGAAGGUCUCGCAAGGUGACGUCGAAGAAGCCGCAGAAGACACUGCUGGUGAUGCGAAAGACACCGUCGAAGAUACCGCCGGCGAUGCGAAAGAGGCUGCAGCGGAGACUGUCGAGGAUGCCAAAGACACCGUCGAAGAUACCGCCGGCGAUGCGAAAGAGGCUGCAGCGGAGACUGCCGAGGACACCAAAGAUACCGCCGAAGAUACUGUCGCCGAUACAAAGGAUGCUGCUGAGGAUGCUACCGAAGGAGCCAAGGAGACAACAGAGGAUGCAGUUGAAGAUGCCCCCAAGCCUGAUGAAGCGCCUGAUGUGGGCGAAGCUGCUGAGGGCGCCAAAGACACUGCGGAGGACGCAGUUGACGGGGUCGAGGAUACCGCCGAAGGAGCCACCGACGACCUACCUGUCGACCUAUCGGUUCUCAAAGGCCUGACAGUCAACGAAGACGGCGAAAUUCUCGACAAGUCUGGCAACCCAAUCGGCAAACUGGCUGAAGGCGACCCGGCGGAUUUGGAAGGCUACGAGAUCGCAGAUGACGGCGAAAUCCUCGAUGAGGAUGGCGACGUUGUCGGUCGUGCCACCGUUCUUCCCGAUAAGGCCAAAGAGCUCGCCGACGGAGCUGCCGACGAAGCUGGCGAAGCGGUCGAGGGCGCCGAUGAGGAAGUCGAUGGCGUCAAAGACACGGCAGAGGAUGCGGGUGAGGCUGUCGAUGGUGUCGAAGAGGCUGCAGAAGAUGCAGUGGAGACAUAUCUUCCUGAGCUCAGUGUCCUCGAAGGUCUGGAGGUUCAGGAGAAUGGUGACAUCUUGGACAAAGAAGGAAACGUCCUCGGCCACAUCACCGAAGGCGACCCUGCAGAUCUGGCUGGCAUGGUUCUCAACGCUGACGGCGAGAUUCUUGACGAGGACGGUGAUCCAGUCGGCCGCGCCGAAACUUUGCCUCAACCAGUAGAGAAAGCUGCCGAAGACGUGGAGGCACAACUUCCCGGUCUUGAUGUGCUCGAUGGUCUGGAGGUUCAGGAAGACGGUGCCAUCAAAGACAAAGACGGCAACACCUUGGGAAAGAUUACCGAGGGUGAUCCCGCCGACCUCGUUGGCAAAACGCUCAAUGCCGAAGGAGAAGUUCUCGAUGAGGACGGUGAUGUGAUUGGUCGUGCAGAAGUCGUUCCCGAGGCUGCCGAGGCUCUCGAAGGCGCGGAAGAUGCCAAACCUGAGUUUGUCCAAGAAGCCCUGGACAAAGUUGACGGCAUUCAAGAGCAACUGAAACCUAACCUCACCAUUGUCGAAGGAAAGAAACUCAACAAGAAGGGUACUAUUCUUGACGAGGAAGGCGAGGUGCUGGCCAAAUUGGUGGAAGGAGAUCCCAAAGACUGCGCCGGCAAAGUGCCGAACGAAAAUGGUGAGAUCCUCGACGAUGAAGGCAAUGUCAUUGGCCGCGUGGAGGUGGUCGAAGGUGAAGCUGCCGAGGAAGCGAUGAAGGAACUUCAUCCUGAACUUGUCGACCAGCUUGAAGAGGCCCAAAAGGCUGCCGAGGAGGCUGAAAAGGAAGCAGAGAAGCAAGCAGACGAGGCUGGUGACGCUGCUGAUGUUGCCGAGCAAGCAGCCGACACAGCCGAAGGUGCCGCCGACGAGGCCAAAGAUGCAGCUGACCAGGCCGGAGCUCCUGACUUCGCUCAAUUGGAAGGUCUGAGAGUCAACAAAAAGGGCGAGGUUAUCAACGAGGAUGGCGAUCCUAUCGCCAAACUUGCGGAUGGGUUCGACAUUGAAGCUGCCCGCGGCAAGAAGAUCAAUGAGAAGGGAGAAAUCUUCGAUAAGGAUGGAAAUCUCGUUGGCAAGGUCGAGUUCCUCCCUGAAGCCAUUGAAGAGGGUCUCGUCCAAGUCAUCGAGGAAGCCAAAGAUGAAGGUCCAGACGUCUCGAUAUUGGAAGGCCUCAAGGUGAACAAGAAGGGUCUAGUUCUUAAUGAAGACGGCGAUCCCAUUGCCGAGCUCAAAGAGGGUGACCUUGCGGCCGUUGCCGGUAAGAAGCUCAAUGACAAAGGCGAAAUCCUGGACAAAGAUGGAAACGUGAUUGGCAAGGUCGAGAUGAUCGUUCCAGAGGCCGAAGAAGAGGGCGAGGAGGAGACUCCCGAAGAGGCCGACGAUGGCUUGCCUCCACUGUCCAUCCUGGAAGGCCUCAAAGUCAACAAAGCCGGCAAGCUAGUCGACAGUGACGGUAACAUCGUUGGCGAACUUGUCGAGGGCGAUGCCAAGAAGCUCUGGAAGGCUGGCACCGCUUGUGAUGACCAAGGCCAAUUCUGGGAUACCAAAGGUCACGUCAUCGGCCGGGCGAAAACACUACCGCAGGAAGAAAAUGACGGUGAAGGCGAAUUUGCAGGCUUGGAAGGUCUCACCGUCGUCGCUGACGGCUGGAUCGAAGACGAAAAUGGCAACAGAGUCGGCCGCAUUGUCGAAGGAGAUGCUAAGAAGCUCGUUGGUCGCGCUGUGGAUGAGGAUGGCGACAUCAUCGACAAGAAGGGCAACGUUGUCGGCCACGCCGAGCGGUAUGAAGAGCCUGAGGCCGAACCGGAGCCCGAACCAGAGGCAGCUGAUCUUUCCGAGCUGAAAGGUCUCAAGGUCAACAAACAAGGUAACGUCAUUGGUCCGGAUGGGGUCCCUGUCGGUCGCCUUGUUGAAGGCAAUCCCAAAGAGCUUGCUGGGCGUCCGAUUGACGAGAAUGGUCAAAUCUGGAAUGACCAAGGCAAAAUUGUCGGACGCUGUGAACUCAUUCCGCCCGAGGAGCGAGAAGCGAAGCCUGAAGGUCCGUUUGCUGGCCUGGAAGGUGUGGUCGUCGUCAAAGACGGUCUCGUCGAGGAUCACGAAGGCAAUGUCGUUGGUAAGGUUGUCGAAGGUGACUGGAAGAAACUCAUCGGCCGUGCCGUGGAUGAAGACGGCGAUAUCAUCGACAAGUACGGCAACGUCAAAGGUCAUGCCGAACCGUACGAGAUUCCAGAAGAGGUCGUCGAGGAAGAAGACUUGUCUAGCCUUGCUGGCAAGGUGGUGAACAAGGCUGGCAAGGUCGUCGACGAACAUGGAACCAUCUUUGGAGAAGUCGCCGAGGGCGAAGUCAAGAAUCUGAUCGGCUGCAAGGUCGACGGCAAAGGCCAGAUCUGGAGCAACGACGGCAAAGUCAUCGGGCGUGCUAAACUCCUUGAAGGCGGUGGUGGCGCCCGUGCUGAAGGACCAUUCUCCAACUUUGAAUCGACCAUUGUUUCCAAGGAUGGACUGGUCAAGGAUGCUAACGGAGAUGUUGUUGGCCGUGUCAUUGAAGGCGAUCCAAAGAAGUUGGUGGGCCGCCAUGUCGACGAUGAGGGUGACAUUAUCGACAAGAACGGCAAUGUCAUCGGUAAAGCUGAACGAUGGGAGCCCGAGGAGAAGGAACGGGAAGUUUCUCCCAUGGCAGGCCUGCGUGUCAACAAAGAGGGCGAAGUUCGUGACCGCAACGGCGAUGUCAUUGGCAAACUGACCGAAGGCAAUCUUCUGGCUUGUGUCGGCAAAGAGAUCAACGACAACGGGUACGUUGUCGACCAAGACGGCAACAAGCUGGGUGAAUGUACUCUGCUUGAGAACAUCCCGGAAGAAGAGGCCGAGGAAGAGAUGACGCCAGAACAGCUCAAGGAGGAGGAAGAACGAGAAGUUGCCAAAAAGAUUGGGAACAUUGUCAACCAGACCAUCGAGAAGAUGGAGCCGAUUUGCAAUCAAAUCACAGAGCACAUUGAGAAAGCAGACCGCACCCCUCGCGAGGAACUCGACGAAGAAGCUCUGGUCAAUGCCGUCAAACCACUCAUCGAAGAAGGCGGCAAGAUCCUGGGCGAAUGCAACGGCGCCAUCCGCGGUCUCGACCCAGACGGCCACAUCGCCGCUCAGGCGAAAGCACGCGCUGCCUCCGGCGAAGCCAGCCCAGAAGAGCAUCGUGUCGCUGAAGGACUCAAGGAACUCACCAGUCAAGUGGUCAAGACCAUCGACAACGCCAAGAAGCGCAUCUCUGACAUGCCACAUGCGAAGAAGAAGCUCAACCCGCUUUGGGGACUGCUCACCGAACCUCUCUUCCAGAUCAUCGCUGCCGUCGGCUUGUUGUUGUCCGGCGUCCUGGGUCUUGUGGGCAAACUGCUCAACGGUCUCGGAUUGGGCGGUCUGGUCAAUGGUCUGCUCGGUGGUCUAGGUGUAGGCAAGUUGUUGGAUGGAAUGGGCCUGGGCAGUAUCGCCGAAAGCCUUGGUCUUGGAGGUGGAAAGAAGAAGAAAUAA